AGCAAGAUGGUCUAAAUAAAAAUAAAAGUAGCAAAAGCAGCAAUAUGACAACAAAGAAUAAGAUUGCUCAUAACAAUUUUUCAGGGAAAUUGGAUUUUUCUUAAAAUAGUAAUGUAUAUAUAUCAAACAGGAAUAUAUAUUAGUUUGAGACACCGUGAGAUUACUGUUAUUUAUUAGAUUACUGUUUAUUUGUUUGUUUUUUUACUUCUAUCUUUCUUUUUUUCGCUCUCUGGGACAUGCGGCUGUUGUCUGAGUGUCAGUGAACGCCGCACGCCGGGGUGCCGCUGCGUCUUUAAAAAAAAGUUCAACGUCCGAAGAAACUCCGAGCGGCUCCAAAAUGGAUCUCGGGGAGCGAGCGGCGAGCCUGCUGGCCCACAACAAGAAAGCGGCUCUUUACGUCGGCGGAGCCGGGGCUGCACUCGUGGGCCUGGUGGCGGGAUAUAAAUACUUGCGGAGGCCGGAAAAAGCCGUGCGCGUGGGCGUCGUGUCGCAGCUCCUCAUUCACCCUCUCAAGUCGGGCAAAGCCGUGUCUGUGGCGCUCGCGGAAUGCCAGAAAAUGGGGCUGAAGUUCGGAGAGCUGCAGGAUCGGCACUGGAUGGUGGUGACGGAUGAGGGUCAGAUGGUGACGGGCAGACAGGAGCCCCGUCUGGUGCUGGUGUCUCUGACCUGCGAAGGAGGCCAGGUCUGUCUGAACGGGCCCAGCAUGGAGGAGCUGAAGUUCCCGGUCAAGGAGUCGGACAACCCCGUCUUCAACUGCAGAGUGUUUGGACUUGACAUUCAGGGCAAGGAUUGUGGAGACAAAGUGUCCGACUGGCUGGGACGUUUUCUCGGGGCCGAGAAAACCUUUCGCCUGGUGCACUUUGAGCCCCAAAUGAAGCCCAGGAGGUCGGCAGACAUCGACUCUCUUUUCCCACGAGAAGAGAUGGUGGCGUACCCAGAUUAUGCCCCUGUGAUGCUGCUCUCUGAGGCCUCCGUGAAGGAUCUCAGCGGCAAGCUGGAGAAGGCCGUCACGGUGGAGCGAUUCCGGCCAAACAUUGUGAUAAGUGACUGUGAAGCCUUUGAUGAGGAUUCUUGGGACGAGGUCCAGAUUGGCGACGUGCGACUGCAGCGUGUCAUGUCGUGUGGAAGGUGUGUCUUCACCACCGUCGACCCGGAGACGGGUGUAAUCAGCAGGAAAGAGCCUCUGGACACGCUGAAAAGCUAUCGCAUGUGCAACCCUUCUGAGGCGCACAUCUACAAAAAGGCUCCACUGUUCGGGCAGCUGCUCAUUGUGAAGAAGACUGGAAUCCUUCAGGUCGGCGAUGUGGUCUACAAGAUCGUCCGUUGAUGCAGGGCCUCAUGAGUCGGAUGAGGAUUUGGACGAAAUGCACAAACAUAAAUCACUAACAUUUUAUAAAAUGUCAACAAAUGGUAACAGGAAUCCUGUUGUUUUUUAGCUUAAAUACAUUACAUACUUUAACCCUAAUUGUAAUAAAUCAAUGGUAAAUGAUUUUUUUACUUAUGGUUCAUUUGUAAAAAAGGCACAUUUUGGACACCGAUUAACUCUUAAAAGUCUGUAUGUUUUACCUUAUCAUUGUCAUCAAACUGGUUCACCUUUUGCAUUUUUGAACCUUCAGUUUUGGCAUAGUAUGACCAGUAGGGCGCAGUAUAGCUUUACUCUUUCAUUGAAAUACAACAGAGUUAACGGUGUGGACGGAUAAUGCACGAUUUUUUGUUUAAUAAAACCAUCGCCAGUUGUUUCCUGUCAUGGUUUAUGUAAUAUAUCGUUGGGUUAGAACGGCUGGUGAGACGUUUACGACCUGCUGACGAGUAGGUGAUAUUAAAGUGACCUCCACAGAACCACUCAAACAUUUGUACACCACUUUUAAAUGUCUGUCUCAAAGUCAUUUGACUUUCAAGACUUCAAAAAUACCUUUAGGAAGUCAGAGUCUUUAUUCAGUUGUAGUACCUUUCUUUUUUUAAUCUUAUUUUUUCACACAGAGAGAUUAUUUGCCAAUUUUCAAACACAACCUAUGAAGUCUGUUUUGGCUUUGAUUUCUAGUUUAAUUUCCUUACUCGAAUCACAGUUAUUUUCCUAACCUGAAACAAAACAACCAAAGACGUUCUCAGCUACAGUGAAUCAUUAGCUCUGGGAACAUCAGUGGUGUUGUGCUGUGGCAUUCCUCAUGCAGCUGGGAAAGAGCCCGCCAGUUCGAUUCAAAAGUGAGCCUUUUGUUUCAGAGAAUCGGGCUCCAGAGAACAUCAGAUGUAGCUUCAACUGCAUUCUAAUACUGUGAGCAGCUCCUUACUGGCUGAUGGGGAAAUGGAACACCAGGAUCAAAGAAGGCUCGGAUAGUCAUCCUCAGAAAACAGGAACUAGGUGCAGCAAUUUACUGAAAAACAUUUAAUCGGAUGUGGAUAUGCAGUAUGUAGGUUAUAAACAGGAUUUCCCCACAUUUCCCCAUUUUUAUUUAAAACCUUUAUUUGAACUACUUUAAAUUCACUGGGCUUGUUGAAGGACAUUCCAAAUCUCUACUUUGGGUGUUGGCUGCCUUUUGUUCCGCUAACAGUGAAGAUGAUGCUACUCUUAAGUAAUGUUGAACUCCGGCCUCUGGAAGACUCUCCUCGAUGAACAGUAGAUGCAUUGACUGGAGGUCCACAUGUUUCUCUCAGGUCAUGUGUCAGGUCUUUUCUUAAGGCAUUUGGUCCUUCAUUUGUCUAGUUUCUCCCAAAUAGAUGCACCCUAUGCUGAUGUGCCCAGGUUUCCUUCCUCAUCACAUUUUUCUAAGAAAUUAAAAUUCAAAAGAUUUAGUUUUUUAGAAUCUGUGUCUUUGGGACAAACUGUACCAAACCAUACUAAAAUAUGGAAUUUAACAUAGGUUUCCAAUAGGUUCCCCUAUGCAGGUUUUUGAGAACUAUGCCCCAAACCUUUUUAAUAAGGAAACAUAUGGAUAAGUCUUUAUCUGUGUUGUGGCUACAUGAGGGUAGGGUGUAAUACAUAACUAAGGUCAAUUAUAAACAUGGAUAGGUGGCGAGCGGCAUUACGGUGUGGUGGUUAACACUGAUGCCUCUCCCUUAGUCUUUGUAGGUUCCCUUUGGCUACUCCAGCAUCCUCCCACCGUCCAAAAACAUACACGUUAGGUUAACGGAGCACUCUAAGUUGGAGUGAGUGUAUGUGGUUGUGUUUCUCUGUGUGUUAUCCCUGCCAUCCCAUAUUAAGGCACCAAUCAAAAAUGGUCCCAGUAUAUUUUCAUGUUCUUUAUUAAUUCCAUUUGAUAUAGCAAUGCGAUUAUAGAGUUGAUUGGUCAGUUUUUAACAGUCGCUGAAAUCUGUGAGCAUCCCCUUUGGAAGAGGGGGAAAAUUUGUACUUAAUGUGUUUCCAUAAAUUCCAGCAAAGUGCUUUUGGCUGGUUGAAAAGUGUCAUUGUUUCACGUUUUAAAGACUGCCCAUCCCUUCCAACUGAAAAAGCAGUCAAAGGUAAUGACAGAGAGAGAUAGCUAAUGGGAGUGUUUGCCCAACGGAAUAGCUUCUUUUAACCACUUUGCUGACCCCAUCCGUCUCAGAAAAUGGGUAUUUUCCACCAGGAAGUGUCUAUGAGUGUUUUAAGUUAGAGGUUCAGACAGUUGGCGUUUAGCCUGUAGUAGAUAAUGUAUUAUUACGAGGGUCUUUUGAGGAGUUGUUGUACACAGUACACAAAGUAGACUGGCGAAGAAAUGUCGGCACACCGUUUUGCCCUUUUGUCAAAGAUUAGCUGCAGAACAUUUUUUUCAGAUAGUGUCACUUAACUAGCUCCUAAGUAGUGACUAUUAGAAGUGAUGUUGUUAUAGCAUUUCAUACUGAUUAAAAUCAUAUGGCUCCAGAGAAGGUGAGCGUAAAUGGUUAGUGCUCAGAAAAAGGAGCAACGGCAGAAGUUACCCAGUUCAGUGCUUUUAAUGAUGAAUUGUUUUAGGAUAGCUUUCUGAACAAGAAAAAAAAAUCUAACAAUAUAUUUAUCUUUUGCAUAUUGGAUUAUCUGAUAAAGCUAAACUCCAACUAAAAUCACAACUGAACAACUAAAAUAACUUAGCAAAUAAUGAAAUGUCUCUACCGUAAUACAACAAAAAGAUAAACCAAAGCAAAGCUAUUCACUGUAAAGCUAUCCAAUAAAA